AUGUUCAACGCCCUCAUCACCAUGUCCUACCAGUUCCUCGGCGCCACCCCAGACCACUGGUGCCACGUGGAGUCCCUCAAGGAAGCAAACUGGACCGACCAACAAAUCCUGGAGUUCGCUAUUCCCUUUGACAACAAGACGGGGCAGCGCGAUAAAUGCCACAUGUACGACUACGACUACGCGGUGGUGGCACAGCUGGGGUACGAUGCCGCCAUGACCCACCAGCACGACACCGCCGACAAGGACACGCUGCGGGUCGUCCCCUGCAGCGCGCGAGACUUCAACCUGACACAGCACGAGUCUUCCGUGGUGACUGAGUGGGACUUGGUGUGUGAGCGGCGUGUGCUGUACGCCACCACGCAGGCCGUGAACCAGCUCGGCUUCCUCAUUGCCUCGCUCUUUACGCCCAUGUUGACAGACAGGUGA